AUGGCACCUCCAUCAUACAGCGAUUUGGGCAAACAGGCUCGCGACAUCUUCAGCAAAGGUUACAACUUUGGUCUGUGGAAGUUGGACCUGAAGACCAAGACCUCGUCGGGCAUUGAAUUCAAUACAGCUGGUCACUCCAACCAGGAAUCGGGCAAGGUAUUCGGCUCCUUGGAGACGAAAUACAAGGUUAAGGAUUACGGUCUGACCUUGACCGAGAAAUGGAACACAGACAACACGCUCUUCACUGAGGUCGCGGUGCAGGAUCAGCUGCUGGAGGGCCUUAAACUGUCGCUGGAGGGCAACUUCGCUCCACAGUCUGGCAACAAGAACGGCAAGUUCAAGGUAGCCUACGGUCAUGAGAAUGUCAAGGCUGAUUCCGAUGUGAACAUUGACCUGAAGGGACCCUUGAUCAACGCAUCAGCUGUCUUGGGCUAUCAGGGAUGGUUGGCCGGCUACCAGACCGCAUUCGAUACACAACAAUCCAAGUUGACCACCAACAACUUUGCCCUGGGCUAUGCGACCAAGGACUUUGUCCUGCACACAGCCGUGAACGAUGGCCAGGAGUUCAGCGGCUCAAUCUUCCAACGCACUUCGGAUCAAUUGGAUGUGGGUGUGCAGCUGUCGUGGGCCUCUGGUACCAGCAACACCAAAUUCGCCAUUGGCGCCAAAUAUCAACUGGACAAUGAUGCCAGCGUUCGCGCCAAGGUCAACAAUGCCAGCCAGGUUGGCUUGGGUUAUCAACAGAAGUUGCGCGAUGGCAUCACCUUGACGCUGUCCACAUUGGUCGAUGGCAAGAACUUUAAUGCCGGCGGUCACAAGAUUGGUGUUGGCUUGGAAUUGGAAGCCUAAGUUAAAUGAAAGACAAGUCAGUAGCCACAGCAACUAUACAUGCAAGCCAGCAAAAAAUGCAUAUAUAAUUAUAUAACGCCAGCCACCACAACAACAAACAAACAACAUAAAGUGCAGUAACAACAACAAACAAAAUAAAAUUGUAAAACAAAAAACACACAAGAGAAUCUUCAUGUUUAGCACCUAAAAUUUAGUCUGUCAGCUGUUCCUCCUUCCCCCUUUCGCCUCUGGGCCACCUAAAGAAGUCACCACUGCCAAGCGAAAUGACCGUUGGGGGCAAGGCAGGGUGAAGGAGGGCGGCUGGCUAUUGGCCACGGGUUGUAGUUUUGUUUAGUAAAUUGCAAUUGUGUUGUUGACAAACAGAGAAAUACAUACAUACCUAAUUAAACUAAACAGUAAAAGAAACAAUUUCAAUAA